ACAGUAAAACUUUGAAUAUAUUAUUAAUUUUUACUACUUAGCACAGAAAGUGCAUUUGUUAAUCAUUAGGUGUAAAGUGUUAUAACGUUAUAACGAACAUAUCGAAUAAAACGCUGCGCUAUGUCGGCAGUGAGAUUUCUGAGUGCAAUUGGCCAAGUUUCGCGACAGCAAAUGCUGCAGAACAAAUGCGCUAGAGCCUAUCCCGGUGCAGCGCAGCUACAGCGUCGUCUAAUGUCCGCAAAUCCUCAGCCGGCGGUCGCCGCCUCGGCUUCCAGUGCCAAUAAGCAUUUGCACACCAAAGUGGUCAAUGGCGUGCUGGUCAUCAAGUUUGAUUCACCCAAUGCCAAAGUCAACUCGCUGGGUAAUGAGGUAAGCAAUGAAUUCGAGCGCGUCAUUAAGGAUCUGGAGACAAAUCCUGCUGUGAACUCAGCUGUUCUCAUAUCGGGCAAGCCUGGUUGCUUUGUUGCUGGCGCUGACAUUGGCAUGCUGGAGGCUUGUCAGACAGCGGAGGAAGCUACGCUUAUUUCCCAUGGCGCCCAAAUCAUGUUUGAGCGCAUGGAACGCAGCCGCAAGCCGAUUGUGGCCGCCAUCAGUGGCGUCUGUCUGGGCGGUGGUCUGGAGCUGGCGCUAGCUUGCCACUAUCGCAUUGCCACCAAGGAUAACAAAACUAAGCUUGGCUUACCUGAGGUGAUGCUCGGUCUGCUGCCAGGCGGUGGCGGCACUGUGCGUCUGCCCAAGCUAACUUCAGUGCCCACUGCGUUGGAUAUGGAGCUGACGGGAAAGCAAGUGCGUGCCGAUCGCGCCAAGCGCUUGGGCAUUGUGGAUUUGUUAGUUGACCCUAUUGGACCUGGUCUAGCGCCUGCAGAACAAAAUACCAUGGAGUACUUGGAGAAGACUGCCGUGCAGGUGGCCAAGGACAUAGCCAGCGGCAAAAUGCGCAUAAACCGCGAGAAAUCCGGUCUGGUUAAUAAGCUGCAAUCGCUUAUUAUGGACACUGAGUUUGUUAAGAACAAAAUCUUUGAUACAGCACGCAAGCAGGUGAUGAGGGCUUCUGGUGGUCUCUAUCCUGCGCCCUUGAAGAUACUCGAAGUCAUGCGGGCUGGUGUGGAUAAGGGCUCCGAAGCUGGUUAUGAGGCGGAGCGCAAGGGCUUUGGCGAGCUGUCAGCCACACCUGAGUCCAAGGGUCUCAUGGCGCUCUUCCGCGGUCAAACUGAGUGCAAGAAGAAUCGUUUUGGCAAGCCAGCGCGUCCAGUCAAGACUGUUGGUGUGCUCGGCGCUGGGCUCAUGGGUGCCGGCAUUGUUCAAGUCUCUGUCGACAAGGGCUACGAGGUGGUCAUGAAGGACGCCACUGAUGCUGGUCUGGCACGCGGCAUUGGCCAGGUGCAGAAGGGUCUGGAGACUGCGCUCAAGCGCAAGCGCAUUACAACUCUCGAACGUGAUCUAACCUUGUCUCAUCUGCGUCCCACACUUAACUACAACGACUUCAAGUCGGCAGACAUCGUCAUCGAAGCUGUCUUUGAGGACAUUAAUAUUAAGCAUCGUGUCAUCAAGGAACUGGAGGCUGUGGUGCCAGAGCAUUGUGUUAUUGCCACCAAUACCAGCGCUAUACCUAUUACCAAAAUUGCUGCGGGCAGCUCGCGUCCCGAUAAGGUUGUGGGCAUGCAUUACUUCUCGCCUGUGGACAAAAUGCAGCUGUUGGAGAUUAUUACACAUCCAGGCACGUCCAAGGACACCAUUGCUCAGGCUGUGGCUGUGGGUCUAAAGCAAGGCAAGGUUGUCAUCACCGUAGGUGAUGGUCCUGGCUUCUAUACCACGCGUAUUCUGGCCACCAUGUUGUCCUGAGUCUAUAUAAGGUUGCUGCAAGAAGGCGUGGAUGCUAAAGAGCUGGAUUCGCUGACCAAGAAGUUCGGUUUCCCUGUAGGCGCUGCCACUUUGGCUGAUGAGGUGGGCAUUGAUGUGGGCGCGCAUAUUGCUGUGGAUCUUGCCAAGUCAUUUGGCGAUCGCUUCAGUGGUGGCAAUCUGCAGGUCAUGCAAGAUUUGGUCAUGGCUGGCUUCCUGGGUCGCAAGUCCGGCAAGGGUAUUUUCCUUUACGACGGCCAGAGCAAGGGCAGCCGUCCAAUCAACACAGAUGCUGUAGAGAUUGUAAAGCAAAAGUAUGCACUUGUUUCCAAGGGUGCCAAUGCACCAGAGGAUCUGACGCUGCGCAUGGUGUCUCGUUUUGUCAACGAGGCCGUGCUGUGCCUGGAGGAGAAGAUUUUGGACAGCCCGCUGGAGGGUGAUGUGGGUGCUGUUUUCGGACUAGGCUUUCCACCAUUCACUGGCGGUCCUUUCCGCUGGGUGGAUCUGUAUGGCGCUGGCAAGCUGGUCAGCAAAAUGCAAUCGUAUGCUGAGCUCUAUGGCGCACCCUUCAAGCCUGCACAAACACUGCUGGACAUGGCCAAGGAUCCAAGCAAGAAAUUCUAUCCCAAGACUGGUGCCUCAAAGUUGUAAACAACAUUUAGCUUUAUAGUCAAUUAAUUACCCCUCCUGCAUUUGUCUGCUGCAUAACGAUAUUGAAUUUAACAUUUUAAAGAUUAAAAGAAAA